AUGUGGCUCAUCAACACACGUACACUCAAACUUGAGGAGUUCUUUGACGCUGCCAUCCCCAACUACGCCAUCCUAUCGCAUACUUGGGGAAGCGACGAAGUCUCCUUUCAAGAGUUCAAGAGCCUCGAUAUCACAAGCGGAGACCCGGCAGAUCUAAUGAUCAAAGACAGAGCUGGUUAUCCAAAGAUCAUAAAAGCAUGUGGGAAAGCCCUGGAGUAUCGUCUUCGAUACGUUUGGGUCGACACCUGCUGCAUCGACAAAACAAGCAGUGCGGAACUGUCGGAGUCAAUCAACUCAAUGUUCCGAUGGUACGAAAAUGCACAAAUCUGCUUCGCGUACCUAUCCGAUGUACCGGCAACUCAGGAUGCGACAGACCCGGCAUUCGUCAACUCUCGCUGGUUCACAAGAGGAUGGACUCUACAGGAGCUGCUCGCACCUCGAGAGUUGCUUUUCUUCGCGUCAGAUUGGACGCUGAUCGCAAGCCGCGAGGACACGGCGGCCUCCGUGAGCAACAUUACAGGCAUCGAUCAGACGUACUUGGAAUCCUCGAUAUCGGAGCAAAACACCCGCCUGAGGUUGUUAACAGAGGCCAGUAUUGCAGAGAGAAUGAGCUGGGCAGCCCGGCGGACAACUACCCGCGUUGAAGAUAUUGCAUACUGCCUGCUGGGUAUCUUCGGGGUGAAUAUGCCUCUUAUGUAUGGAGAGGGUCAGAAGGCCUUCGCUAGACUGCAGGAGCAGAUACUGCAGACGUGUUUCGACUCGACACUUCUUGCUUGGAAUCCGACGGAUGAGCACGGACGGCCCCUGGCCUUUGAUGAACUUGAACCGAGUUCUUCUUGGGCCUCUGCAGUGAGGAUGGUAAUGGGGAUGGGGCAUCCUUGGUCUGCUCCCGAACAACCCCACUCGAACGCAUUGCCGAUGGGUCUUUUGGCUCCGAGCCCCGGGUGCUUCCUGCUUUGCAACGACAUCGUCGAGUGCGAAACCGUGCUCGACUGGACCCCAACCAGCCGUGGCCUUGAGAUUGAACUGCCCGUGUCAGACAACACCUGGCCGUACGCCAUCAUUCCCUGUCGACUGCGUAACGACCCCUGGAGCCUUCUUGCGCUUCCUCUAGACGUGCACGAAGGUGGUGCAUACUCCAGGAGUCCGCUUUCGGCCAUGAGAGUCAUCCAUCACACCUGGCAUCAAUGGCCCAUGAGAAAGAUUCUGCUGAAGACGAGGAUACGUCCUAACUAUGACACAGAACCUGUACCCUCGUGGUACGUCUGGAUCAAUAGCUUGCCUUCAGAAAUGGAAAUCCUGGAAAGAUACUCAGACUCAAAGCAUUAUGCAGCGGACACACUAUUGCCCGUGUUUUCCGAACGCGAAACACAAACCAUCACCAGCUCGCGAUAUGGAAUCGCCGGGAUGAAGCUCGAAUCAAAGGCUUCAAACGAGAGGUUUUCUCUCGUCAUCAAAGUUACCAAGACGUCAGCCUAUACAGACAUCGGCUCCUGGAUCUGGCCCCGAAGAUGGCCCUGGAGGUCGAAUAGUGACCUGUAUCAUCUGGAGUACUGCAUCGCCAAACAUAUCUCGCCUGAUAAACUGGUAUCUUUCUGGAAACGCACGGGCUCCCUCAGGCUCACAAGGUGGUCCCUAGAGCUGAAGGAUUCUUGCCUUCAAUUCGAGGUCACGAAGAGAAAGCUGCUUGAUAUCCCCGUCUUCGAAAUCAACAUUAGGCAAUCCCCAAAAGGGUACAUAUCGCAACUACAAUACUGCAUGGGAAGAUGUCUCUUCAUGGGCCCGCUCAUUUUCUGGUCCCCCUUAAACCCGCGCAGGGACUUCCCACAAACGCUGGCAUUGCUUCCCUUGUACAUCCAAACUGCCUUGAGCAUAUCGGAUGACAUGCUUUACAGGAGGAAAUUAUUUCAUCUUCACCCAGUAGCUGUGGCGUGUUGUGGGCUCUACAUGGUCUUCGUCGACAGCAUGAACUUUGCGAUCGAGACAAACUGCAAGCCUCCCCUAGUUGAAAUGGGCAUCUUUCUCGAAGCAACAAGUGCGGCAGGUUCAUUGAACGAGACACGAGACAAAUAUGUUGGUCACUUGGCGGCAUUUAUGGGCAUAUAUAUCAGGGUAUACUUCCAUGUGUGGCGACACUUACUGGCGGAGAGUGUACUUGUUGUUGUCGACGCUUCAUCGCUCGUGUCAGCGGAUGGGCUUUAG